AUGAUGAGCUUGAUCAGAGGAAAGGUUAUGAUGAGCAUCUAUUUGAGUCGAUUAUUUCCAAGAUCUAAUUCCAGUUUUUUCUUAUGUAGGGGAAACGCCUUACAAUCUGAAGUUUUACGCUUAAGGGAAGAAAUGUUCUUGGUGGAUGCAGGACUUGGGACUCCCAGAAUUUGUAUGCAAGAUGAGCCUACAGGAGUGCCAAUCAACCGAGCCACCAGGUUUGAGAAUAGGGUGGGAUUCCUGGAUCUAGUGGCCGGUGAAUCACUGAUCAAAGAGCAGAUUUUGGAGAGAUUCUUCAUCGAUCUAGUGGCCGGUGAAUCACUGAUCAAAGAGCGAGCAGCCGCCAGGUUUAAUGAUUUGGUGGGAUCUACAGAUGUAGUGGCUGGUGAACCGCUUCUUCUUCUUCCACGAAGAUUCAGACAAAACCGAGCUUGGAUGGAACUGAACAAGAUUUGGUGA